AUGAGCUCGAGAGCGAUAAAGAAACUAGCAGGUCAGAGCUUGGAAGAUGAGCUCAAGCAGUUGGAGUUGAAAGCGCAAGCGCAAGCAAAACAGAAACUGAAACUGAAACUGAAGCUGCCGGAAAUCGAUGAUCAAGAUCUACAAGAAGAAGGCAAAGGAGACGAGGAAGAGCAAGAGCAACCAAAGUCAAAGUUCAACGCGUUUGCGUUUCUAGAAGGUGAUGAAGAAGAAGGCAAAGGAGACGAGGAAGAGCAAGAGCAAGUAAAGUCAAAGUUCAACGCGUUUGCGUUUCUAGAAGGUGAUGAGGAAGAAAGCGAAUCCGAGAAAGAGGAGAAUGGAAUAAACCAGAGAGAGCCAAUUGAAAAUCCACCCACCCCCGAGAAAAAGCCAGUAGCCAGCAAAAAGCAGAAGAAAAAGCAGAAGAAGAAGAAAUCAUCAUCAUCACCAAACAAAAAGAUACAGCCGCAGGGCGAAGUGGACCAGGCUGAAAAAGACGACAAGGAUGACGAGGAAUUGGACAGGAUUCUAGCCGAGUUCAAGAUCAAGGAGGAUAAAAAACAUGCUGCUCGUCACCAAGGCAUUGACGAGUUUGAUUUCGAGCAAGAGUACGACGAAGUGGACAUCCCGCAAGAUUUCUACGACUCCAAUUUCAAGAACUUCACCACAAACAGACUCAAGCAGUGCCUACCUUUGCUUUCUUUCAAAUCUGUGAAAAACCUAGACCCGGACCAGGAGUACAAAAACCUAUUUGGAAACUCACUAUCUAUGGAUUUGAUCGAUGACGCAAACACAACCACAUCACUAGCUAUAUCCCCAGAAGUGUUGGCGCAGUUUAGAAAACUAGCCAAGAUGACGAGGAACUGGGGCGGCAAAGACAGAAGAAACGUGCCGGGAACUUCUAGAAAGUUGCUCCUCUCCAAGAUUCGAGACGAUUGGCUCCCUACUCAAUUGAAAAGCGUCACAAUGGAAGAAUUGACAGACGAAAACGACAUUUUAAAUGUCUUUAUGUACAAAGAAGACGACAUAUCGGAGCUGGAUAUGGAGGCCAAAAUCGAGAAUGAAAAAGCCUUGGGGGUACGAUAUUUCAAAUUCAACAAAGCAUCUGAUUCAAAGACCCGGUUUGCAAACUCCAAAUUCUAUGCAUCGACGGUGUUGACGCCAGACCCAGAGUCGCUCAUGCAACUCUUGCAAGUCAACCCUUACCACCACGAGACUCUCUUGCAAGUGGCGAUGGUGUUGCUCCGACAAGGCGACAACAAAGCCACGUCGAAUGCGUUGGUUGAACGAGCUCUCUUUACAUUUGACAGAGGCUUCCAUAGAGUGUUUCACGAGUUGAUGUCAUCUGCCGAAAACGGGUUGAUACGAUUGCCCUAUGAAUUUUUUUCCAACAGACAGUUUUACUUGAAUUUGUUCAGGUACAUUGUCUCUUUGGGCGAGCGAUCGUUAUUCUCCACUGCAUUGGCAUACUGCAAAUUCAUGUUGAGCUUGUCCCCAGCUGAAGAUCCGCUUGGAGUAAGGUACUUUAUGGACUUUUACGCCAUCAUGAGCGAAGAAUACGAAUAUUUGAUCCAGUUUAGAAAUUCGCCCUUGGUGACAAGCUAUACUCGCUGGUAUACUCCCGGCAUUGCAUUUUCCACCGCGCUUGCAUAUUUGAAUUUGGACAAGGUAGACGAAGCUAAACGAGAGUUGAUGAACGCCGCCAAAGCGUACCCAUACGUUGCAUACAAGAUCUUGACAGAAGUCGCACUUUGCAAUAGCUCAAACUUGAAAGGCUUGGACUUUAAAACUAACCACGAAAUACUUGUUAGUGCAGAGACAUAUUUGCUUCGAGCAAAGCCCUUAUGGCAACUGCAUUUGCAGUUUUUGAGCGCAAACUUGGAAAAGUUCUUUUCCGAGAGGCCCCAAAUGAAAGAUAGCCUGGGAUUUGUCAAGUCGUUUAUGGGCCUCUUUAGCGGCAAAUCCGAGGAGAAAAGCGCAGCAGAUUCAAAGGAAGUGCCAAUAAAUCUCGUCCGAUUUGCGAUUUUAUCGGGAGAAAACAAGAUUAUGGGAAAGCUUCCUCAAGCAGUCUGGAGCAGAGAAGACAUUCUUGAAUACGACUUGUUGCCACCGAGGGACCACGAUACGGGCGAGUUGACUUUCGGGACCACGCAGAACCGCCGUGCCUUGGUGUGCGACAGCCUCUUGGACCAUGUCGACCAAAGGAUUCUUGGGACCAUUGUCCAGGAGAAUACUCGUGGAAACGCAGAUGUGCUUACUGAAGAAGAGCUCGAGAUCAUGAGAAACCUCUUGCGAAACGCCGUGGAACGAGGCGAAGCUAACAACAACGACAACAACAACAACAAUAAUAAUGAUGGUGAUGGUGAUGAUUAA